GCAGACUGGUUCCGUCGAGGUUGUCACCUUACACCCUGUUAUAAUGCAUAAUGAUCCAGCUGACGUUCUUCUGUAUGUCAGUUUUACACGCGCCCUCAGGGGCUCUGGGAUCGGGUCAAAAGUCAAGUUUCAUCCAACAUGGCGGCGUUCAUUCUAAGCCGACUGGAGAUGGUCUGGUUCCUCGUGGCCGGGGUCCUUCUGGUGCUCAACGGCGUCCGUGCUGUGGACCGCAGCAACUUCAAAACGUGCGGACAUAGCUCCUUUUGCAAGCGGAUGAGGACAAUGGGGCUCGGCCCGUCCCCGUACAGGGCCCUUCUGGAAACGCUGGAGCUCAGUGACUCCCGACUCACUCUGCAGCUCAUCAAUGACAACAACAAGGUGAGGCUGCUUCUGGAGUUGUACCGGCUGCAGGGCAACAUGACCCGGCUGAAGAUCAACGAGCUGAAGCCCCUCAGGCCUCGCUUCGAGGUGCCCGACGUCCUCAUCGGCGAGCCGCCCACCGAGCCGCUGUCGAUGGUGUCACGGGAUGAGGCCGGUGUGGUUCUCUCCCUGGGCACAGACGCCCGCCAGCUGGUGCUCAGCGCCCGGCCCUUCCGCCUGGACAUCGUGGAGGGUGCGCGGGUGCUGCUGUCGGUGAACGGGCGCGGCCUGUUGGCGUUCGAGCACCUGCGGCCGCGCAAGGACACUCUCUCUAAAAUAAGUAGCACGGUCGGUAGCAUGUGGGAUUCGAUCAAGAACAUGUUCUCUAGUAACACUCAGAAGGACUCGGAGGGAGAGGAGACCACAGAAGGAGCCCAGGAGCAAGGAGAGGAGCCGGAGGAGGAGGAGCCAGGAAUGUGGGAGGAGACGUUCAAGUCUGACGUGGACAGCAAACCCAACGGACCGUCCUCCAUCAGUCUGGACUUCUCCCUGCCCGGAGUGGAGCACGUCUAUGGAAUUCCAGAACAUGCGGAAAACCUCCGGCUGAGACCCACAGAUAAAGGAGACCCAUACAGGCUGUAUAACCUGGACGUGUUUCAGUACGAGCUGUACAAUCCCAUGGCCCUGUAUGGGGCCGUGCCCGUGCUCCUGUCCCACAAUGCACAGCGGACCAUGGGUAUUUUCUGGCUGAACGCAGCUGAGACCUGGGUGGACAUCAGCGCCAACACUGCCGGAAAGACUCUGUCUGGGAAGGUUCUGGACCACGCUGAAGUUCCCAGCGACGCCCCCCAGACGGACGUCCGCUGGUUCUCCGAAAGUGGCAUCAUCGACGUGUUCAUCAUGCUGGGACCCAAACCGUCGGACGUUUUCACCCAGUAUGCCUCUCUAACAGGCACACAGUCCUUCCCCCCGCUCUCCGCCUUGGGCUACCACCAGUGCCGCUGGAACUACAACGACCAGGAGGACGUGCGGGCGGUGGACGCCGGCUUCGACGAGCACAACAUCCCCUACGACUUCAUCUGGCUGGACAUCGAGCACACAGACGGCAAGCGCUACUUCACGUGGGACGCCGCCAGCUUUCCCCAGCCCCGCGACAUGCUGCAGGGCCUCCACGACAAGAGGCGCAAGAUGGUCGCUAUAGUCGACCCUCACAUCAAGGUUGACAGCGGCUACCGGAUCCACAAUGAGAUCCUCUCCAGAAACCUUUACGUGAAGAAUAAAGAUGGGGGAGAUUACGAGGGCUGGUGCUGGCCAGGUACAGCCGGUUACCCGGACUUCACCAACCCGGAGAUGAGAGCCUGGUGGGCCAGCAUGUUUGCCUAUGACAAGUACGAGGGCUCCAUGGAGAACCUCUACACCUGGAACGACAUGAAUGAGCCCUCCGUGUUCAACGGGCCGGAAGUCACCAUGCACAAGGACGCCCUCCAUGGUAGCUGGGAGCACCGGGACGUGCACAACCUCUACGGCUUAUACGUGCAAAUGGCGACAGCGGAGGGCCUGAUCCAGCGCUCGGGGGGCGUGGAGCGGCCCUUCGUCCUGACCAGGGCCUUUUUCGCCGGAUCGCAGCGCUACGGCGCAGUGUGGACCGGCGACAAUGCUGCCGAGUGGGGCCACCUGAAGAUCUCCAUCCCCAUGUGCCUCAGCCUGGGCCUGGUGGGCAUCUCCUUCUGCGGGGCUGACGUGGGCGGCUUCUUCAAGAACCCCGGUCCUGAGCUGCUGGUGCGCUGGUACCAGACGGGGGCGUACCAGCCCUUUUUCCGGGCACACGCCCACCUGGACACGCCGCGCAGGGAGCCCUGGCUCUUCGGGCCCGAGAACACGGCGCUGAUCCGCGAAGCUAUCCGUCAGCGAUAUGCCCUGCUGCCCUACUGGUACCAGCUGUUCUACCACGCCCACCGCACCGGGGAGCCCGUCAUGAGACCCCUGUGGGUAGAGUACCCGCAAGAUGUGGCAACCUUCGCUAUCGACAACCAGUUCCUGUUGGGGAAGCAUCUGUUGGUGCACCCCGUCACGGAGCAAGGGUCACAAGGGGUGUCGGUCUACCUGCCCGGGGUUGGUGAGGUCUGGUACGAUGCCCACACGUUCCGAAGACAUGAUGGGGACCAGAACCUCUUCGUGCCGGUCACCUUGAGCUCAAUCCCAGUGUUCCAGAGAGGCGGUUCCAUCAUCCCGAGAAAGGCCCGGAUUCGGAGGUCCUCCUCCUGCAUGGAGAACGACCCCUACACGCUGUAUGUGGCCCUGAGCCCCCAGGGCUUGGCCGACGGCGAGCUAUACAUUGACGACGGCCACACCUUCAACUACGAUCGGCAGAAGCAGUUCAUCCAUCGACGACUGACUUUCGCCAACAGCAGCCUCUCCUCCAGCAACCUGUCCACUGACUCCCAGUUCACCACGGCGUCCUGGAUCGAGAGGGUGCUGAUUCUGGGCGUACAAGAGCCCAGUGCAGUGACCCUGAGAAUAGCAGAUGGCAGCAGGUCUCUGGAGUUUGAGUUUGACGCUGCCGCGUCGGUUUUAACCAUUCACAAGCCGGGAGUGAAUGCCGGGUCUGACUGGAACGUGCUGCUGCAGUGACUCCCUGCAGGUCCAGGUGCACAAAGAGCUGAGCUGUGCGGCUUGUGACAGUGUCAGAGAGUCGGGAAAUAUGCACACGUACAUGUCCACACACAGCUAUUGGGUAACAGUAGGUCUAAACAAGAAAGAUUGGCCUGAAAUGCAACAGUCUCCCUCACACACACACACACACACACACACACACACACACACACACACACACAUAAACAAACUUGCACACAACUAGGCAUACUUACAUAAAUCACUAAAUCUUCCCACACACAUUCACACGAACUGCAGAGAGUCAAUCAGAGGAAUGUGUGCAUUCAAGGGACUUAAGAAAAAAAAAAAAAAAAAACUGCUGUUAUAUGGGAAAACUGCUGUCCACCAAUCAGUGAGCUGAGAUGUUUUUUUUUGCAACAUUUUCUCUGAGACUGAAGUUUGAUUUUUUUUUUCCAUACAAUCAUUGAUUCGUUUUCAUGCUCUGCCAGCCUGUUCUACCAAAUGAAUAACUAAAUGGACAGAUCUUCAGUAUGAAUAUUAUCAGUCAUCGGUUCACUGCGGCGAGGUUUACGGGCAUGAACAAACGUGUCGGUACUUGUGCGCUUGUGGGAACGAUGCAAAUUCCAGAAAGUAACCGGAGGAGGUAAUAUUUUCAUCGAGUCCCUCUCGUGUCUUUCCAAGAAAGCGAAAAAAAAAACGAUCCGCUCACGAUAACGUUGACCCCCGGAGAACAUUUUGCAAACGACAGGAAGAGAUGGUCUCACGCACGACUCCUCGGUUUACAAGCGUGUUUGUGAAAAGUGUAAAAUGCCCUAAACCUUCCAGUUUCUGAAACGUGAUAUUUUGACCUUUAAGACGGUUUAAACGUCCGUGUUCGGUUGUGGAUCACUGUCAUCAGUAGUAUCUUCAUCUUGCACCCUGGGGUUUGUUCCAUGUUACUGAUGUUUACUCUGCCAGUAAGGGGGGGGUGGUCAAGCUGAACAGGGUAUACAGAUGGAGAAAAUAAGUUAAUUACAUGUUUUCUGUCCCCUUAAAUGAUAUUUUCGUCCCUGUUUUUCCAUGUGCACUUAAAAUUAGGUCCCUAACACAGUAGGCCAUUUUUUGUUUUACCUAUGGGAUUUUUGAACAAAAGUAAUUAGGGAUUGGGUAUUGGGUGUCGGUGUCAUUGGUUUGUGUUUUAAUUACCUCAAGGCAUUUUUAAUUACCUUAAGACAUGGUAAAUGUCCUGAAGUGUAUCUACCAGUACUUUGGGGAUUGGGUACCUGCUGGUUGCUGCUUUGGACCAGUUUGUCACAGCACCAGAGCUCUCGCGUCUUCCUGAUUUGACCUCGGUUAAUGAGGAAACCCAGGGGGAACGCAGAAGCCGUCACGACCUCACGUCAGCCGCAUGCGGACCUUCACCCGUUAGCUGGAUAUUCCGAACUUUGUAUCACAGGUUAAAUGAUGUUAAAUCAUGCCGUUUGGCGGAGGGGAGGAGAGAGAAAGUGGGUCAUAUUGGAAACAUCGUACAGUUACUUUUAGCGACCAGGAAGACUGUCGAGGUCCAAUGAAAAGACUCCAGAAGGUUCUUCAAGAAGUUAGAUGUUUUUACAGGCAAAAUUCCUUGCAGAAACUGGGGUAUAAUGAUGGACCUAUUAAAAUAACACUACAUUCCCGUA